AUGGGAAAGUUUUCUUUGGUAGGCCUGGAUUCUAACCCGUAUCUUAAAGCUGAUGCAACGUUUGACUGUCGUCGUCCUAACCAGGCCUGCAUGAACGGCGGCAGCUGCACCUUCAUCUCCGCCGACUGCGCCUGUGACCCAGCCUACAGUGGAUAUGACUGCGGUCUGACACUAGCUGACGUUGAUCAAAACAGCUGCACGCCAACAACGUGUCUGAACGGAGGCACCUGCUACGACGACGGUACCGGAGCCAAAUGCUACUGCGACAGCGAACACUACGGAAAUACGUGUGAAAAGAAUCGAUUCUCCCUGACCUGCGUAGCGGACCUGAUGAUCAUAGGGGUCAACCCAUACAGUGCUGCUGGUUACGAGGCUUUCGUGGAGGACAAACAGGGCGUGACUGGUUGUGACUCCCAGGCAGUGCCGGCUCCAGUAGACACGUUCGACAAGAUCCCUGACAGCUGGGAGGGGCAUUACAUCCAAGUGGAACAUGACAGUGCAGCAUGCGGCCCCAGUGUGCCGAUGAUUACCACAGGAAGAAAAGAAUUCGACCGUGUUGUGGUGGUCAAAUACAGCCCGAAUGUGCUGACCGAUAUAGACGACCGCUACCACGUUAAGUGUAUUCUAGAGGACAAUGUAGUAGUGGAAAGCAGAGUCGUCAAGAUCAACGUCACGGGCGUGGUGAGUCAGCACGUCGUGUCCAGAGAGGAUAUUGCCAAAGCGGUGGACUUCUAUCUGUUGGCUGGCGCCGGCGGUGGUAUCUACAACGGUGAUCCUCUUGACGUCGGGACUGAACUUCGAUUUGUGUUUGGCAUCCAAGGAGACACUGGAGCUGAUAGAAGCAAGGUAUUUAGUGUCUCCAACGACACGAAGGCACCGGAAGCUGAUAGAAGCGAUGAAGGUAGUGUCUUCAACGACACGCAGACGCUGAAGCCGAUAGAAGCAAGCUGUGUGCACGCUGACGGGUACCCUGUCAUCGCAGAGGCAGUCACCCCUGACCCAUCCAACAGCAGGGAGUUCAAUCUGAGGAUACGAGCUUUCCAUUUCGACGGAAAUGACGAAGUGAUCUUCUCCUUCCGGGUCAGAGUUUGUGUGGCGGCAGAUAACUCGGCCUGUGACCCGGCAACCUGCACAGCACCUGACGGUGGUUACGGGAGAAGGAAGAGAGAUGUCGGGAAUGAUGUGCAGCUCUACAAGGCAGUGAAGAUCCGCAGUGGGGGAGGAACUCAAUCUAAUGACAACGCCAUCCCCAAACCAAAUACCAUCCCUGGAGUUACAUCCACGGGCUGUGAGACAUCGUGGGAGAUGACAGCAACUCUCAUCGCCAUGGCGGUGGCCAUCUUCUUCCUCAUCGUCCUCGCUGUCACACUCAUCAUCAUCGUUGUCAUGUUUCGACAUCAUCGUCGCAAAAGGGAGGCCAAGAUCGAUGUGUACGUCGACCCUUUCAGCGUCGAGAAGCACCGGUGA